AUGUCUGAUGAUGAUGAUGUUGUGUUGGUAAAGAAGUCUAAACAAGUGCAUUAUGGGUCUCUGGAGGAGCAGGAAAAGGCCAGACUGGCCGCCUUGGCUGCUGCAGCGAAGGAAGGGGCCGAGGACAUUGGCGGAAAGGAUUUGGGGGACAUACAAAUUUCAAGUGAAUACAUGGAGCUGGAAGAGGAGAUGUCUCGCGACAAGAAGGCUCUGCUGGAGGAGUUUGAACGGAGACGCAAGGCUCGACAGCUCAAUGUGUCCACUGAUGAUGACGAGGUGCGUCGCAGUCUCCGUCAGCUCGGUGAGCCGGUGUGUCUGUUCGGAGAGGGGCCGGCAGAGAGACGAGUGCGGCUGCGAGAUCUCCUCAGCUAUCUCGGAGAAGACGCGAUCCACAAGAAGCUAGAAGAGGAAGAGGCUCGCAUAGAAAGGGACAGAGGACGGGAGGGAACCUGGUACCAUGAGGGACCGCCGGAGCUCAGGGAGGCGAGGCUGUGGAUCGCUAGGUACUCGCUACCUAAAGCUAAACUUAGAUUGUGCCAAGCCCGCGAAGACUUGAAGUUAUCAGGCAGCGUCCGCGCUGCAGCUAAACAGGAGUCGCAGCGGAAGGCCGCCGCCGUCUCUAUAUACUGCAGCCAGAUAGGCGACACGCGGCCUAUAAGCUUUUGCAGAUUCAGCAGCGACAGUAAGAUGCUCAUCACAGCUAGCUGGUCAGGUCUAUCCAAAGUAUGGUCGGUCCCCGAGUGUACAGCGCUGCAAGUACUGAAGGGUCACAAGUGUAACGUCAGCGGGGCCGCCUUCCAUCCCACGGCCGCAAUGCCUGAUCAUUUUGAAAGAAAAUUAGCAGAAGAUAAAGAGAAGUUAGCAACAGAUGCCGAGACUCCGAUGGAGACUGAGACUCCGGUCCCAGAGUCUAUAGAGACUACAGUAGCUAUGCAGGAGACUGAGGGAGUCUCUGAAGCCUGCACAAUGGCGACCUGCGCGUACGAUGGUACCGUAUAUUUGUGGAAUUUUAAAAGUGAGUCUCCGCUAUGUUCCCUGGACGGCCACAGCCCCGCCCGCGUGGCCAGGCUGGAGUUCCACCCGUCCGGACGGUUCCUCGCCACCACUGUCUUCGACCACUCCUGGAGGUUAUGGGAUCUGGAGAGUGCGACGGAGGUAUUGCACCAGGAAGGUCACGCGAAGCCGGUGUACAGCAUCGCCUUCCAGGGAGACGGGUCACUCGCUGUUACUGGCGGUAUGGACGCCUUCGGUCGCGUGUGGGACCUGCGGACAGGUCGCUGCGUGAUGUUCCUGGAGGGCCACCUGGGGCCCGUCCUCGGCACCGACUGGGCCCCCGCCGGACACCAGCUCGCCACCGCCGCCGCAGACCAUCAGACAAAAAUCUGGGAUUUGAGGAGACGUUCAGCGUUAUAUACUAUACCUUCACACACGCAUCUGUUGAGUGAUGUCAGAUACCAGAAGAGCCACGGUCACUUCCUCCUGACAUCAUCAUACGACAAGACUGCCAAACUCUGGUCCAACCCUGCCUGGCAUCCACUGCGCACACUCUCCGGACAUGACAAUAAGGUGAUGAGCGCAGAUAUAUCAUACGACAACAAGUACAUAGCGACCAGCUCAUAUGACAGGACCUUCAAACUGUGGGCACCAGAUCUCGCGUAG